ACGAAAAAAGGCGUUCCCGUAACGCGUGCAGAGAAAGCUAAAGAAAAAGAGACCAAAAUCCAGAAAGGAUAAGGCAGAGGAAGGAAGAAGAGAGAAAAUGGAGAAGCUGUCGUCAGUUGCAAAGACUUUUACAGCGUCAGCCAUUCAAGAACUGUCACAUCUUGCUCAGAGAAGCAACGUCAUCAAUCUCGCUGAAGGCUUCCCUGAUUUCCCCGCUCCUCCUCAUAUCAAACACUCUGCCAUUGCCGCCAUUACUUCUGACUUCAAUCAGUACAGGCAUGUGCAAGGAAUAUGUGACCAACUGGCAGAGAUAGUGAAAAAAACUCAUGGUUUAGACAUCAACCCUCUUACCGAUAUAGCUAUAUGCUGUGGCCAGACUGAGGCAUUUGCAGCUGCAGUAUUUGCAAUAAUAGACAAGGGAGAUGAAGUUGUAUUAUUUGACCCUUGUUAUGAAACGUAUGAAGGUUGUAUCAGAAUGGCUGGGGGAGUUCCUGUAUAUGUGGCUCUUGAUCCACCUCACUGGACCUUAGAUCCUGUCAAACUCGUGAAGUCUUUUACUGUGAGAACUAAAGCUAUAGUGUUGAACAGUCCUCAGAAUCCAACUGGAAAAGUUUUCACCGGAGAUGAACUUGAGAUUAUUGCUGAAAUAUGUCGCAUCAGGAACUGCAUGGCCAUAACAGAUGAAGUAUAUGAGCAUGUAACAUUUGACAACAACAAACAUAUAUCCCUUGCCUCGUUUCGGGGAAUGCAAGAACGGACUAUCAUCACUUCUUCCCUAUCUAAGACAUUCAGUGUGACAGGUUGGAGGAUUGGAUGGGCUAUUGCUCCAACUUUCAUUGCCUCUGCAAUGAGAAACAUUCAUGUAAAACUAACAGACUCUGCUCCAGCACCUUUCCAGGAAGCUGCCUUGACAGCUUUGAGAAGUUUCCCAGAAUAUUUUGAAUCACUGAGAAGAGAUUAUGAAUCGAAAAGAGACUACAUGAUCAAGGUGCUUGCUGGGAUUGGUUUUAAGAUUCAGUUUAAGCCACAGGGUUCUACCUUUUUAUUUGCGGAGCUUCCUGAAAAUUGCCCGCUCACUGAUGUGGAGUAUAUUAAAGAAUUAAUAGAGAAAGCAGGGGUUGUAGCGGUGCCAGGCUCUGGAUUUUUCCAUAAAAACUCAUCUUUCCAGAAAAGAUUCAUCAGAUUUGCUUUCUGUAAAAGUGAGAGCACUUUGGCUGCUGCUGCACAAAAACUCGGUGAGCUUUCCAAAUGCAGAGAAAUGUCUCAAACCACAUCGACUCAAAAGGAUAAUUAAGAUUUGCUGUACACUUAAUGUUGAGAUGACAGAAAAGAGACAGGACUACAAUGCAUGAACAAAGGCUGCGGAAACUUAAUUAAAAAUAAUAUAAGCAAGCACAAUGCAAAAAUAUCAGAUUCUCA